AUGCCGAGAAAGCCUCAGGCAUGGGAUGACUUCGACUCGGCCGUCAGUCAGAUCAUCCUUGCCCCCACAGAUUCGGAAUUUCUCGAUCAGUUGAUCCCGGUAUUGAAAGAUGCCACGACUAGCAGUCGGAUCGGUUCCCUUGUCCAGAGCCUCUCUCAAUAUGCCGAGGACCGCGAGGCCGAUAUCGAGCGCAUCGGGUUAACAAAGCAUGAAGAGUUUCUGAGUUCAGUAAACCAGCUUCAGAAAGUGCGCGAGGGCACAGUGGCUUUGACGUCCGAAAUCCUUAAUUUAAACCAAUCAAUCCAGGCCAGCACCGAGAAGCUCGCCGAGCAGAAGAAGGCCCUAGUUAAUACGCGCGCAGUGAAACAAAAUAUCGCUGAAGUAUCCAGCGCCCUUGAGGAGUCGCUAAAGAUAUUACAUGCCGUCAACAACGCCCACGGCCUCAUAAAGAAGAAGAAAUACUAUGCCGCCCUGAAGUCACUGGAAGACCUCCAAAACGAGUACUUGUUGCCCAUAAUCCAGAACAAAUAUGCGACUCAAUACAAGCUAGCCGACAUGAUCCAAAAGUCGAUACCAGCUUCUCAGAAGGCUAUAUCUGAGGCAGUGAUGUCAGAUCUCAAUACCUGGCUUUUCCGCAUUCGAGAAGCGUCCCAAGUACUUGGCGAGGUUUCUUUUUAUCUUACCCAAGAAAGGAGAGCUAGGCAGAAGGAGCGUGCAAAUGCAGACCCGCGUUUGGCGCGUUUCAAGCUCAACUCUGCGGUUGAGUUAGUGUUUGAUGAAGAUAAUGAGUUUGAUCUCUUGCACAAUGAGGAGGUCCAAGUCGACUUCACCCCUUUGCAUGAAGCUUUACAUAUCCAUGACUCACUUGGCCAAGUUGACAAGUUCCGUGCCGAGUAUGCCGCCACCAGACGUCAGCAGAGGGACCUCAUCAUGCCUAGCUCAGAGAGCAUCUUCACCAAUGGCAACGAUGACGGUCUCAAAGAACUGCUAGAGAACAUCGCUGGGUUUGCCAUCGUUGAAAAAGCCACGAUGCAAUGUGCCCCAGCUGUUCGUUCAUCUUUUGAUGUUGAGGAAAUGUGGGACCAAAUGUGUGAAACAGCUAUUCGGAUCAUUUCGAAAUCAUUACAUGAAGUUAAUGACCCUCAGCUGCUCUUCGCCAUCAAGGAAGACAUUGCUCUGUUCAUGCAGACGAUGGAGGGCUGGGGAUACUCCCCUACCAUGAUCAACAAUUUCCAGCUUGAGCUCUUCAGCAAGUACGCGGAAGUUCAGAAGCGCCGUUAUACUUCUGAAUUCUACGAGAUCGUCUCGACGGACGACUACAUGCCCAUGGAUAUCACGACCCAGGAAGACUACGAAAACGUUCUCAGCCUCACCCAAUUUUCCAGUGAGAGACCUCCAGAAGAAGUCACGCAAUUCGUCAACGAAUUCUACGAGUUCAGCAAGGAAAAUUUUGAGCAUCCAGCCGCCGUUGAUGAAACCCUUAAGAAGACAUUGGACGAGCUCUUAACGGAUAUCGUUUGCCAAACCUUGGUUGAUCGGCUAAACACCCAAUAUCUGGGCCAAAUAGUCCAGAUCCUGACGAACAUUGAGCACUUCGAGAUUGCUUGCCAGCACUUGGAGCAGCAACUAGUCGAGGUUCGGUUAUCAACGUCGACAGGAGGUCCCAUCAACCUUAAGGCUACAGAGCAGUUUAGGAGCCACAAGAAGACUGCCGAAAAGCGCAUUUUUGAGCUCGUCAACUCUAAGAUUGACGAUCUCGUGGAGACUUCCGACUAUGACUGGACCGCAACAAGCAAGCCAACAGGAACGAGCAGCUACAUGAAGACGUUAACCCAGUUCCUGGAAAACAUCAUGAGCUCGACUCUUCUAGGUCUUCCCAGAGAAAUCAAAGAGCUCAUCUAUUUCGAUGCACUCAAUCAUGCAGCCACCAAGAUCUUGGCACUCCCCCUGUCCCCAGACGUCAAAAAGAUCAAUCCCAAUGGCGUGGCAGCCAUGGCUCUCGACGUACAACACUUGGCGGAGUUCGUCUCUAAACUGGACAAUGCGUUCAUGCUCCAGCAGAACCUGGAGGAGCUGCAGCAAACCAUUGCCUUGAUGCAGUCCGACAACCACGAAGAGUUCUACGAUAUCUCACUCCGCAACAAGAAGUACAACCGCGUGGAUGCUAUGAACGGGCCAAUCCUCCUGGAGAAACUCGUGCCGCUGGUCGAGAACCCGGGCCGGUCAGCGCCGCUUGCUAAUUUCAGCUCGCGCUUCGGCCUGAGGUAG